AUGCAGGAAAACAUCAAGCACAUGGGGGAGGUGCACCAGGCUUGCAUGGACAUCCACAAUUGGAUCAACGGCUUCGUUUUCGCGGGCCAGUCUGAUGCAGAGGUUUAUGCCGCCUACGAGAGCCAGAAACAUGAUAUCGAGGCCCAGUUGCUCGGCUUCAUUCGUCGAUCGUGCCAUCCAAUGAUGCCCUGCAUGCAGGAAUAUGUCGAUGCCCGCGGCCAGAUUAUUCAGACAAUCGAACAAGAGAUGAUGUUGCCGCAUGAAGUGAUUUCCUGCUUGCACAAGCGGAGAGACUUGUUUGAGCUCCUGACGGGCCCUCCAGGAGACGCUUGA